UCUCCUUCCAUUUUUUUGGGGGCUUCACAAUGUUUACUUGAGCCCAAAGUAAAGCCCAUUAAAUUGGUACCACGUCAUCGCUAACUUUUCCAUUUCUAUGUUUCUAUAAAAGUCUCAUAUUAUGUCAGUGAUAGCUCUCAACCUACCAUACUUCACCACAUAACCACUUCUGUCUCUGCGAAUCUCCAUAAGACUCUUUGAGAAGCUUUCCUCUGUUUCUCCGCUGUUAUGGGUAGCUCCGGCGACGUUAACUGGAAACUUGCGGACCACCCCAAGCUUCCCAAAGGCAAAACUAUCGGUUUGAUUGUUCUCGAUGGAUGGGGUGAAUCUGAUCCCGAUCAAUACAAUUGCAUCCAUAAAGCUCCAACUCCUGCCAUGGAUUCCCUUAAAGACGGGAAGCCCGACACAUGGAGGUUGAUCAAAGCUCAUGGUACCGCCGUUGGUCUCCCCAGCGAAGACGACAUGGGAAACAGUGAAGUUGGCCACAAUGCUCUUGGAGCUGGUCGAAUUUACGCUCAAGGUGCUAAGCUUGUUGAUCUCGCCCUUGCUUCAGGGAAAAUCUAUGAAGAUGAAGGUUUCAAAUACAUCUCUCAAUCUUUUGAGAAAGGCACUGUGCACCUUAUUGGUCUUCUAAGCGAUGGUGGAGUUCACUCUCGUUUGGAUCAAGUCCAGUUGCUGCUUAAGGGUUUUGCAGAACGUGGUGCUAAGAGAAUCCGCGUCCAUAUUCUUACUGAUGGUCGUGAUGUUUUGGAUGGUUCUAGUGUCGGAUUUGUUGAAACUCUUGAAGCUGACCUAGCUGCUUUACGUGCGAAAGGUGUUGAUGCUCAGGUUGCAUCUGGUGGAGGUCGAAUGUAUGUCACAAUGGACCGUUAUGAGAAUGAUUGGAGUGUUGUUAAACGAGGUUGGGAUGCACAAGUCCUUGGGGAAGCUCCCCACAAAUUUAAAAGCGCUCUUGAAGCAGUUAAGACACUGAGGGCAGAACCUGGUGCCAAUGACCAGUAUUUGCCUUCGUUUGUUAUUGUUGAUGAUAAUGGAAAGGCUGUGGGUCCAAUUGUUGAUGGUGACGCAGUUGUUACAUUCAAUUUCCGUGCUGAUCGAAUGGUCAUGCAUGCAAAGGCCCUCGAAUACAAAGAUUUCGACAAGUUUGAUCGCGUACGUGUCCCUGAUAUACGUUAUGCAGGAAUGCUCCAAUAUGAUGGAGAGCUUAAGCUUCCUAGCCGCUAUCUUGUUUCUCCACCAUUGAUUGACAGAACUUCUGGUGAAUAUCUGGCACACAAUGGCGUUCGUACUUUUGCUUGCAGUGAGACUGUGAAGUUUGGCCAUGUAACCUUCUUCUGGAAUGGCAACCGCUCUGGAUAUUUCAAUGAAAAGUUAGAAGAGUACGUUGAGAUUCCAAGUGAUAGUGGAAUAUCAUUCAAUGUCCAGCCAAAGAUGAAAGCACUGGAAAUUGCCGAGAAAGCAAGGGAUGCUAUCCUUAGUGGCAAGUUUGACCAGGUGCGUGUAAACCUGCCAAAUGGAGAUAUGGUGGGGCAUACUGGUGAUAUUGAAGCAACUGUUGUUGCCUGUGAAGCUGCUGAUCGUGCUGUGAGGACAAUCCUUGAUGCCAUAGAACAGGUCGGAGGGAUAUACGUUGUGACUGCAGAUCACGGAAAUGCUGAGGACAUGGUUAAAAGGGACAAAUCCGGCAAGCCUGCUCUCGAUAAGGAAGGGAACCUUCAGAUUCUUACCUCUCACACCCUUAAACCAGUGCCAAUUGCCAUAGGAGGUCCUGGCUUGUCAGCAGGAGUUAGGUUUAGACAGGAUAUCGAGACACCUGGGCUUGCAAAUGUAGCUGCGACAGUGAUGAACCUCCAUGGAUUUGUGGCCCCGAGUGACUAUGAGACAAGUCUGAUCGAAGUCGUCGAGAAGUGAUGAUUCUUGUUGUUGUAGUUCUUUUUAAAAGUCCCACCUGAGCCUCUAUAGACUCUGAUUCUCUUUUAAGUUACUAUUUUCACCGCUCUCUAAUAAGGCUCGUGAUUUUUUGGGAGCCAUACUGUAUACUCGCCGGCCCUCUCACGAUGUUGUUCAAUUCACAGACUAAAUUUGAUUUAUCUAUUUCGCCAAAACAUAACUUCAUUAAAAAAUGUUCUCCAAAUAACUAAACGAAUUAAAUAAAAGAAACCUUUCAUGUAAAGUUAAAGGUAUGAGACUUUAAGGGCAGUUGCUGAACAUUCGUAACACAUGGGAGAACAAUAGAGAAAGUUGAAAAGAAACGUAGCAUAUAGAAAAAUUAUCUUUGUAACCAAG